CAUGUAACGCCCACGAAUAGUUUUCAUUUUUAGACUUAUUUACAAUCACAUUUCUUGGUACAUUUAUAAGACAGAAAAAUAGCAGUCAAAAUGUCACAGCCAAAGACAAUUCAGUCCAGCCUCCCAGGCGAUCCAAAUGUCAGCUAUAUUGAUACAGUACAUGCAUACGAUCAAUGGGCUAAUGUUUACGAUGGCGAUGGCAAUUUUCUUCAAGCCCUCGACACAAUUGAAAUGCGGUCGUUGCUGGCCAUGUUUCUGGCUCAUGUGAAAAUGUAUCUACAAUCAGAGGUAUUAGAAAAUGUCAAGCUAGUCGACAUGGGCUGCGGCACGGGCAGAAACACUUUGCAACUUAUAUCGACCAUCGCGAGCUCAGGGGCCGACAGCGUUUUCCGAAAUACGCUGAUCGUGGGUUUAGACGCUUCAAAUGGCAUGCUAGAUGUCGCGCGCAAGGCGAUACAGAAAACACAACCAAGCACUCGCAGAACUACAGAAGCUGCUGCUAAUACACCAACCGUGACGCUCGCACAGUUUGAUCUACUCACGCAAUCGCCCACGGAAACUUUGGACCGGGCGCGUAAUGCGGACGGUAUAAUAUCCACGCUUGUUCUCGAACAUAUCCCGCUAGAUGUCUAUUUCGCCAGUGCCGCCUUGCUCCUUCGAUCGGGUGCAUAUCUGCUCGUGACGAAUAUGCACGCUGAUAUGGGAAGGAUUAGUCAAGCGGGUUUUAUUGACCCGGAAACGGGGAAGAAGGUCCGCCCAACACGCAGCUAUGCGCAUGAAAUAACUGAUGUGGUAGCGGAGGCGACGAGAGCUGGGUUUGAGAUUGUACCGUUGCAGGCUGCGCCGGGAAGGACGAUUGAUGGUGUGAUUGAGCGGACGGUGACGGAAGAUUUGGUUGGGAGUCUUGGAGAAAGGUCAGCUAAGUAUGUUGGUGUUACCGUUUGGUUUGGCGUUUGUUUUAGGAAGAAAUGAAGA